GCUUGGCGAGGCGAUGAGUGACCAGCCCUACCCACGAACUGCCUCAAGCUACCGCGUGGCCGGAGUCCUUGAAGGUACUGGCUGCGACUUACACUCACUGGGCUUAGUGCUGGAUCCGCGCACCGGCAGGAUCGCCGGCACGCCAACCGCGGAGGAACCAGCGGAAGUCGAGUGCAUCAUUGAGGCAGUGCAG